UCACUCAUUCAUUGCUUGAUGUCAUUCGUCUUAUCGAUAACGUAUUCAAUGGUUUUAGCGUUUUAGUGAAAAUUUACAAUAUUAUUUUAGUUUAUUUUUAGUUGGAAGCUAAGAAAAGGCGUAAAAAUGGCUUUGCGAACUUACGGCGAUAAGCCGAUAAGCUUUCAAAUAGAAGAGGGAGGAGAAUUCUACUGUGUCGGCUCGGAGGUCGGCAACUACCUGCGGUUAUUCCGCGGGUCUCUAUACAAGAAGUACCCUGGCAUGGCUCGUCGGACCUUGACCAAUGAUGAAAGGAAACGUCUCAUUGACAACGGUCUAGGAGCUCACGUACUCUCCAGCUCGGUAUCCCUCCUCAAAGCUUCCGAGGUGGAAGAUAUAAUUGAGGGCAACGAUGAUAAGUAUGUGUAUAAGGCAGUAUCAGUGAGCCAAGAGCUGGCAACUCCAAGAGAAAGCAAGAGUAAGAAGCCACACAAUCAGUCAUGGCUGCCAGUGAUGCCAAACUCUUCGCAUCUGGAUGCAGUACCGCAAGCCACUCAGAUUAGCCGGACUAGGGUGCAUAAUAAGAAGGUGCGCACAUUCCCGCUAUGUUUUGAUGACACAGACAUGACGGCGAUGUUGGAGAACUCCUCACAGAAGCAGGUCCUGGUGCCCAUCAGACUGGACAUGGAGAUUGAAGGGCAGAAACUGAGAGACACAUUCACUUGGAAUAAAAAUGAAUCAAUAAUAACACCAGAGCAGUUUGCGGAGGUGCUAUGCGACGACCUAGAACUGAACACCAGUACCUUCAUCCCAGCUAUUGCGUCGUCUAUCAGGCAGCAGAUAGAUGCCUUCCCCAGUGACCCACCAGCCAUCCUGGAGGAGCAGCCUGACCAGAGAGUAGUGAUCAAACUGAACAUACAUGUUGGGAACACUUCGCUUGUUGAUCAAGUGGAAUGGGACAUGUCAGAGAAGGAGAACAAUCCAGAACAGUUUGCAAUGAAGCUGUGUGCGGAGCUGGGUCUGGGCGGAGAGUUUGUGACCGGGAUAGCAUACAGUGUCCGUGGACAGCUGAGCUGGCAUCAAAGGACCUAUGCCUUCAGUGAGGCACCGCUGCCUGUUGUGGAGACCCCGUACCGCCAGCCUUCAGAAGCGGAGCAAUGGGCGCCCCACCUCGAGACCCUCACCAACGCGGAGAUGGAGAAGAAGAUCCGCGACCAGGACCGCAACACCCGGCGCAUGCGACGACUCGCCAACACUACGCCCGAUGUGUCGUUGAGUCGCGCCGUGAACCGACUGAUCCGAGCCGACGAAGCUCUCUUCCAAACCACUCCAGAAAAGAGAAGGAAAAAGAUAUAAUUCGUCCAAUCGUUCUACGGUAUCGAAGAAACUGCUGUGUCCUUCUACUAAAGAAAUAUAGGUUAUAUUUUUAUUAUUUUUACUUUUUUUUAUUCUAGGACCUCUUGCCGCCGUACUUGGAGUCAUUUAGUUACUUAACCCGGUCUUUAUAGCAGUGUUUUCAGAACAAAAACGUGACUAAAGAUUAGUUUAAGUAAUCAUUAAAUGACUACGGCAGGUCACUUUUUAAAAAUGAUACUUUCUUCAAUUGUUUGGUAUUGGCAUAUGAAUUAAAAGAAAUUGGAUGAAAACUCUAUGAAACCAACAAUAACCAAUAGAUUCUCUUUAUCAAUCAUUUCAAAUAGUGGAAGUAUGAAAAAUUGUCACAAAUUGGAAGGUUUUUUUUUAUUAUUUACAAGGCACAUCAGAUAUUGGGGCCUAAAGCAUAUUUCAGGACUUAGUAGUAGGUGCAAACAGACCUAUGAGGCCUUGUUUAGUUUUGAUAGGCUAUAGUUAUUACGUAUUUGUCUAUUUCUUGAUAAGUAGAAAAGCUAUUGAGAUUUUUUUAUAUAGCAUUCCAUGUACGUAUUAUUUUUUUAAGAUGGGCUCGAUAAAUUUUCUUUUUUAUCAACCUGACUUUUUUCUUUCUAAAACGUAGCUGUACCAACUCAGUUUUGACAAGAAAUUAAAAUGAAAACUUGUGAGUUAUAUUUUACUAUAAAUUAAUAGCAUUUUUGUCUUAAAAUUCAGAAGAAUAAGGAUUGUUUUUCUUUACGCACAUGCGCAAAAAUUUUGCGCAAGUAUUAGUGUGAUAAAAAUGUUUGCGCAACAACUAUUUUGGGUGUUACACAAAUUUGAUUUAUAUUAUAGCUGGCUAUAAAUUGAAUUAAAAUAAUAUGACAUUAUGCAUUUCUAUAUAAUAUACAAUACCGUUAUAUUUUAGAUAUUCUCUGACUAAGCAAGCAUUUGAGAUUUAUUCAGUAAGUAUGUGAAAGUUAAAAUAAUAAGUUUAAAACUAUUUGGUUGUAAAUCCUUUGGACACUGGUUGUUAUUAAUUGUCUGUGAUUAAUAAUGAUUUAUUUUUUUCCUAUUAAAGUUAAUUUUAAAUAAUAAAUAAGGUGACAAUUCCUUUUUUAUAUAUUUUAGUCUUUAAGUGUCUAUAAAAUUGAAAUUCUUUUGUAUAAGAUUUUGAAAUUAGAUUUUUUCAUAAAACUGUUAUAAAACAGAAGAUCUGAUUACUUUUUUAUAGCUCGGUUUUCGUGCUCUCUUGUGUAACCGUAAACUAUAAUGUAAAAAGGUUUUUAUAAUCAUAUUCAAUGAGGCGUUUUACGCAAUGUUGCCAGAUGAUCGUAAAAAUAAUUCUCCCUACUUUAUUGGUAAUAUUAUGAAAGGUAUUACAGAAUCGUUAAAAUCAUUAUCGUUGUUUUACGGAAAAGGGACGACGGUAACGGUCCUGUCUGGCUUCGUAUCUCUAUUGUAAAAUUCUGGAUUUAUAUCAUAAAUAUGUAAAGCUUAGAUUGUAGCUACGUAUGUAUUUUGGAAACAAUAAAUAAUUACGUAUGAA